CCAAGCAGCAACAAGCCAAUCUUCGCAAUAUGAAAUUCCUGAUCAUCGCCGUCGCCUUCCUGGCCUGCGCCUACGCUGAUGUCUCGGAGCUGGGAUCCGGUGGCUACGAUUACCCUCAGCCUGUGGCUCCCAAGAACACCUAUAUUCCACCCCCACCACCGCCGCCGCCGCCAGCACCCAAGAACACCUAUAUCCCACCCCCAGCAGCUCCCGCCAAGGCCUACAUCCCACCCCCACCACCACCACCACCACCGGCGCCCAAGAACACCUACAUCCCGCCCGCACCUGCCCCAGCUGCCCCUGUUGAGACUUACAUCCCUCCUCCAGCAGCUCCUGCGCCCGCCUACAUCCCACCCGCACCUGUUCAGGCCGAGGAGCCCAUCAUCGAGGAGAUCGAGCAGCCGGCCCAGGACGGAUACCGCUACAAGACCGUGCGUCGCCGCGUCUUCCGUCACCGCAACUAAGUCGCUACAGCGACGUCUGUUGACUAAUGU